AUGGCGGAGGAACCAUCUGCCAAGCGUCCCCGUGGUGAGACCUCCGACCAGAGCAGUGUGGUCGACGACGUUCAGGUGCCCGGUCUGAACCACGACUAUAUAAGGCACCUCAAGGAGGUUGACAUCCACGGCAAGGAAAAGCUGGAUGUCUAUAUCGGCGUUGAUGUCGAGUAUACCAGGGAAGACGAACCUCCGCAGAGGGCAGCAGUUAUGCAGUUAUGCAUGGAGGAACUCUGUCUGGUGUACCACAUCACCGCGGCAACAAAAUGGCCCAAGAGCCUGCGCCGUUUCCUGAAGGAGGACAGGUUCUACACCUUUGCUGGCUUCAGCAUUGAAGGUGACAAAGAGAUGCUACGAAGAUCUGGCUUGGAGAUCAACCAUGACAAGUACAUCGACAUCCAGCGCAAAUGGAGAGUUCCGUACAAGGGAAGAAAGAGGUUCCACUCUUUGGCUGAUGUUGCAGGGAGCGUGAUCCACCCAUUCUACAAACAGAUGAAGAAUAAGAUUGACAGGGUUGAAGAUCAUAAACUAUGGGGGAUCAGCCGACUGCCAAAUUACCUCAUCGAGUAUGCAGCGAUAGAUGCGUACGCCACCUACGAGUCGUGGAAGAGAAUUGAAAACAUCAGAGAAGGUCUGGAGAGUGCAAAAGAGGCAGAGAAGAAUUAUGACGAUCCUUACUACGACUACUAG